GGAUGGAGGCGCACUUCGCCCUGUCGGAGGAUGACCACCGCUGUGAUUCAAACGCCCUCACUCAACUCAAUGCAAAAACAGCGUAUAUAGAUUUACAGAUUUGGAAUCAUCUUGUUUUUUGAAGGCUCGGUCUUUUGUGCGGGGACCCCAAAGUCGCAGGCGGCGCAGACAACAGUUUCACAAGUGUGGCUCCCGAUCGGCAAAUGGAUCUGAAGAGAGUGCUGUCCUUCCCACCGUAUCCUGGGGAUUACCUGCAUCCAGUGGUGUAUGCCUGCACGGCUGUCAUGCUGCUGUGUCUGCUGGUCUCCAUCAUGACAUAUAUAGUCCAUUACAGUGUGAUCCGCAUCAGCAGAAAUGGAUGGCACACACUCCUCAACUUUUUGUUUCACACUGGACUGACAUUUGGUGUUUUUGCUGGAGGCAUUAAUCAGAUCAACGUUCCUUUUUUGUGUCGAAUUGUUGGCAUUAUCCUCCAGUAUGCUUCCUUGUCUACCAUGUUUUGGCUGACAUUUACCGCCAGAAACAUCUGUAACAAUGUGUCCAAAGACCCACUUAAAGCCCCUGGCUCAAACAGUCCUGUCCUGGCUGAAAGCAAAACAACCAUUCUCAGAUUUUAUAUCGUAAGCAAUGGUAUUCCUCUCAUAAUUGUUGGAAUUACUGCAGCCUUUGGAAUGGAAAACUAUGGGAGCAGGGAUGAUGCACUGUAUUGCUGGAUGGCAUGGGAACCAAGCCUGGGAGGAUUCUAUGCCCCUGUGAGUCUUUUGGUCUUAGUUACGUUUGUGUACUUCUUGUGCACUUAUAUCCAUCUUAAACGACAUCCUGAGAGGAAGUACGAGCUCCGAGUUCUGAGUGAGGAGCAGCAGCAGUUAUCAUCCACAGACCGCCCUGACAUUGGGGGGGAUUCUGGAUCUGCUGGGGAUUGUGCAGCGUUUAUUACUGGUGUAUCCGAGCUUUCCAAUGAGCAGUCAUUUAAAUCACAGCUUUGGACCACAGUGUUCACCCUCUUUCUGUUUCUGUCAACAUGGGCAUUGGGAGCAUUGGCAGUAUCUCUUGGACAUUUUCUGGAUAUGAUAUUCAGCUGUCUCUAUGGUGCAUUCUGUGUUACUCUUGGACUCUUUCUUCUCAUCCAGCAUUGUGCCAAGCGUGAUGAUGUUUGGCACCACUGGUGGGCUUGUUGCACAGCCAAAUCCAAAACUGAUGAUGGAGAUGGGAACAGACAAAGCCACAGGCAGGAGCUUCAUCAGCCUCGGUGCCACCUCAACUCCAUAUGCUCGGGCAAGGAGUUGCUGCUCUCACCGCAAGUUGUGCAAAGCUUGACCUAUAAAAAUGCAUCCCCUUCUCAAAAUCUCUCUCCCAGUCACGUCACUUCUUGCUGUGUGGCGGAAACUGUAACUACACCUGUCUCCCCCUUGAGUGAGUCAGCGCCCUCACCACGUUCUCUGGCCCUAUCUGAUGAACUUCCUCGUACUUCAUUGCCACUACCGAGUUGCCGUUUUGACAGAACCAAGUCAUGCUCUUUCAAUCACCCACGCCCAUGUCUCCGUGACUACCGCUCUCACAUGGCAUCAAACAGUACGGAUGGGAGUGUGAAUAGCUCCCAACUUGAAGUCCCUCACGCUGCACACUACCUUGAGAGCUCACCAGUGUCCAACAGCCCACACCCAGACCUGCAAAUCUCCUGCUCGAGCCCUCACUUGGAUCAGCAGCGAGGAUCCUGUCACGUCCAGCCGUCUUGCCACAACAUACACAACUCGCUCACUUUUAGUCACAGCCUCAUUCUGCCUUCCCAUAGGGUAAAUACCUGCCAGUGGAACUUGUACAGUUCAGCAGACCAUUUUUCCACCACAAGCUGCCCUGAAAAGCCAGAUGCCUGCAAUCUUCUGUAUCCGCAAGAGCUAGAUACAUCCAGCUACAUGUCAGAGAUACCAGAAAAGGACAAGGAAACACGAUGUGCAGAGAUGGAGCCAAAAUUAUUUCCAAGAAAUACUUUGCCUCGACAACAUGCUACAAUUAACCGACGAGUAACUUUUGGCCGAAACCGUAGCCUGCAGGAAGAUAGUCUGUUUGUGUCAGACACAACAGGGAACAUACGGACUGGACCUUGGAAGAAUGAAACCACUGUAUAGUGUUCUAAUUAUUUCACCUGCGAUACCUUUCAAGAGUCCUGUAAACUCUGAUUGCCCUUGGCUUUGUCUUUUAACUACACAUUUGUAUUGAGGUGAGUCAUCAAAAAACUUUUAUAAAAAACAUAAAAACAAUCUUUUAUGAAAAACUAUGUACUUUACAGAGAGAUUAAUUCAGUCAUGUUUCUGCUUGUUUCUGCUUCAAGUUGUAAAGAGUGACUCAGCAGCAGUAAUAACAACAGUAAACAUUGUUAAAUAUGCAUUUCAUCAUCAAGUACGGAUUUAAGAAGUCCUUUUUUGUUCUUGUUGUAUGUCAUCCUCAAGUAGCACACACUACUGGAAAAAAACAGGGCUUUUUUUUUCUGUUACUACUAGGGGUGUCCCGAUCUGAUCUUUGAGAUCGCAUAUCGCUCCGAUGUCAGCACAAAAUAGUGUAUCGGAUCGGAUCGGACUGGAUCUAAAAGCUCAAAUUUGACCACUCUUAACAAGCAGUGCAGUGCCCGGAUGGCAUGCAGAUCCCAUGCGAUCACAACAACAGAUUGCUAAGGUACUAACAUAGUAACAGGGUGAAAGAAUGAAUGUUGCUUGCUUAAAGUCGUUUAUUGACACUCCACUCACUGUAAAACUAAAUGCAUAACAAAAGAAUUACAGCUGCCGAACGUUCAAAUACAUCACAGACUUUGUCUGUCUUUGUUUUUGUUCACAAAAAUGGCUAGCUCAAAGCUAACACAAAAUGAAUGAAAACACCAUUGAAUAGGUAAUGGAAAUUAGCAUCGAACUCGCGGCACUUAUAGCUCUCAAAAUAAUGAAUAUUGGUACACAAACGCUGGAUGAACACAAACAAAACAUACAACCCCAAUUCCAAUGAAGUUGGGAUAGCGUUAAACGUAAAUAAAAACAGAAUACAAUGAUUAGCAAAUCAUGUUCAACCUAUAUUUAAUUGAAUACACUACAAAGACAAGAUAUGCACUGUUCAACCUGAUGAACUUGAUUGUUUUUAGGAAAUAACCCUGUAGAAUUUUAUGGCUGCAACACGCUCCAAAAAAAGCUGGGACAGGUGGCAAAAAAGACUUGAGAAAGUUGAUGAAUGCUUAUCCAACACCUGUUUGGAACAUCCCACAGGUGAACAGGCUAAUUGGGAACAGGUGGGUGCCAUGAUUGGGUAUAAAAGGAGCUUCCCUGAAUUGCACAGUCAUUCACAAGCAAAGAUGGGCUGAGGUUCACCUCUUUGUGAACAAGUGCAUGAGAAAGCAGUCGCACAGUUUAAGGACAAUGUUCCUCAACGUACAAUUGCAAGGAAUUUAGGGGUAUCAUCAUCUACGGUCCUUAAUAUUAUCAAAAGGUCCAGAGAAUCUGGAGAAAGCACUGCACGUAAGCGGCAAGGCCGAAAACCAACAUUGAAUGCCCGUGACCUUGGAACCCUCAGGCGGAACUGCAUCAAAAACCGACAUCAAUGUAUAAAGGAUAUCACCACACGGGCUCAGGAACACUUCAGAAAACCAAUGUCAGUAAAUACAGUUCGGCGUUACAUCCACAAGUCCAACUUGAAACUCUACUCUGCAAAGCAAAACACCCAGAAACGCAGCCGGCCUCUCUGGGCCCAAGCUCAUCUAAGAUGGACUGACGCAAAGUGGAAAAGUGUUCUGUGGUCUGACGAGUCCACAUUUCAAAUUGUUUUUGGAAAUUGUGGACGUCGUGUCCUCCGGGCCAAAAAGCAAAAGAACCAUCCGAACUGUUAUGGACGCAAAGUUCAAAAGCCAGCAUCUGUGAUGGUAUGGGGCUGUGCAUGGGUAACUUACGCAUCUGUGAAGGCACCAUUAAUGCUGAAAGGUACAUACAGGUUUUGGAGAAACAUAUGCUGCCAUCCAAGCAACGUCUUUUUCAUGGACACCCCUGCUUAUUUCAGCAAAACAAUGCCAAACUACAUUCUGCACGUGUUACAACAGUGUGGCUUCGUAGUAAAAGAGUGCGGGUACUAGACUAGUCUGCCUGCAGUCCAGACCUGUCUCCGAUUAAAAACGCGUGGCGCAUGAUGAAGCGUAAAAUACGACAACGGAUACCCCGGACUGUUGAACAGCUGAAGCUGUACAUCAAGCAAGAAUAGGAAAGAAUUCCACCUUCAAAGCUUCAACAAUUAGUGCCUCAGUUCCCAAACGUUAAUUGAAUAUUGUUCAAAUAAAAGGUGAUGUAACACAGUGGUAAACAUGACCCUGUCCCAGCUUUUUUGGAAUGUGUUGCAGCCACAAAAUUCUAAAGGAUUAUUUCCUGAAAACAAUAAAGUUAAUCAGUUUGAACAUUAAAUAUCUUGUUUUUGUCGUGUAUUCAAUUAAAUAUAGGUCGAACAUGAUUUGCAAAUCAUUGUAUUCUGUUUUUAUUUAUGUUUAACACAACGUUCCAACUUCAUUGGAAUUGGGGUUGUAACAAUACCCUCAGGCAUAUAUUCUUCUAACUGUAAAAAAUAAGUUAUAACAAUAUUCAAUCAUUACUUCUUCUACUUUAUGUGUUACUGCAAAUGUAUAUCUCAUUGCGUGCACCACACUGCCCUUCAGAGGUCAAGAGGUGCACAACAGGAACAGCGAAUAAUACAAUACCACAGAUGCAUUGCCGCACAUGUGGAGAAGCAAAUUCUGUUCCCACCAUAUACUGAAUUGAGCUUGAAUUGUUGUUUGGUACUUUAAAAGUAUACUUUGUAUUUAUUUUAUAUUGAGGUUAUUUUUCAUGCUUUUCUAAUUUAUUUUGUAUUUAAUCUAUUCAAUUGUAGAAUAUGCUUAUGUUUAAGUUAAGCAGUGGUUAUGUUGCAAUUUAGAUAUAUAUUUUAUUGUUUUUUGUUAUUUUCAGGAUUUUCUAAUAGAAUUUUCAUUUAGCUUAUUCGAUUGUCGUACAUUCCUAUUUUUAAAGUUACUUUUUGUAAACCAUUGGUUAAUAAUAAAUGGGUCAGUUUUUCUCCUACCUACUGUUGAUUGUUGUUCUCUGAGUAAUAUCACUUGAUCAAGCCUUUUCUAACCUUCAUCCAUUAUCUGUACUGCUUAUCCUCACGAGAGUCACGGGCGUGCUGGAGCCAAUCCCAGCUAUCUUUGGGCGAGAGGCGGGGUACGCCCUGAACUGGUCGCCAGCCAAUCACAGGGCUUUCUAACAUUCCAUACUACAAAAUAAGUCAAGUGUGUACAGUAGGCUUUACACGAUCAGGAUGUUUGGGCCGAUCACCGAUCAGCGAGAUAAAAAAAAAAACCCAAAAAAAAACGAUAACCGGUCACUGAUCCGAUCACAAGAUGGAGCAAUGUGUCUCUUUAAAUGACUUGUUAAUUUAUUGUAUAUACUGUAUACUGAGUAUCUUCAAAAGUAUUCUCUUGUCAGCUCAAACCAACAUUACAGCAUGACAUAAAUAAUGAUAUUAUUUAAAUAAUGAUAUACAUAUAAUCAACUUAUGAAUGGAUAACCAAUGUAUUAACAUAAAUAACUACUUAAUGAACAGAUAAAUAACCAUUUAAUGAAGAGAUAACCAUCGGAAGCCGCUGUGGCAGAUGUAGAUGUACGUCCCGCUAAUGGACGUGUAAGAGUGAAAGCACGAACCGAAGCUUUGUGGCUGGGGUCAGUUUCGUGGCGAGGAAGCACUUCCUUUUUCGCUGUUGCCGUUACAGCUUGAGCAGACGCUACAGACGCUAACCAGGCUCCUUCAAUUUGUCGCACGAACUUCCAAAUCGCUUUCCGUCUCCACCUUUUUCUUCGAGCCAUGCCCAGCACCUUUUGUUUUUACACCUCUCUCUAUUAAUGCUGUUUUCACCGUAUUGAAUAAUUUCAUCAGCCAUCGAGCGGUGUGUGUGUGUGUGUGUGUGUGUGUGUGUGUGUGUGUGUGUGUGUCGUGGGGGGUUCGGUGCCUGUGCCAUUCCCCUUGGGACUGGUCGGGGCGCUUCAGUCGGGCUUAGGACCUCCCUGGGUCCUGGGUGGACGCUACCGGUCCCCCUGGUUGGGUCCCCUGUGGGAGAAGGGCUCGCUGACCCCCCCCCCCCCCCUUGUUUAAAGGGGGUUCACCUUUCCUUGAAGUGCUGACUCAGCAACUCCAUACAUCAGUUGACUAACAUGCAUGUGAUAUGGUGUUCAUUCACUAAUAAGUUCAAUAUAAACACUAUAGACUUUAAUUACUUGUGCAGGAAAUACUAAUAACAACAGGUUAUACUAGCAUAUCAACUCAAAGGUUCUUACAGGUGUUAAAUUAAACUAAAAAAGAAGCGCACCGCACCACUCGACAGUAGCACUGCCUUGCUCAUUUUCCCACAUCCUGUCCUGCCCUUUUCCGUCCUCUCUUAUCUGGUUCUCUUGGUUAGUUAUUGCAUAUCCUCACCGGGUGUCCCCCCCACCCACAUUCUACAAAUAACUCUUGUAAUGUUACUUGUGUUCAAAUAUCUAGACUGUCUCACUAUUGUGCUGCUGUGGUUUUCAGCCCUCGUCCCCUUGUCCACUCUGUCCCUCAUUCUGUCCCCUAAAACCCUUUUCUGUCCGGCUGCAUUUUCACUAAACAUCAGAAUAAUAAAAAAAAAAUUGCACAAGUGGUCUCCCACUAACCGCCAAACAUCCUUUCAAUCCAAAAUCUCUAUGUAAACUUGUGCAUUUAUUGAAGAUGACUGCCAUCUCCCCUGUUCUUUAACCUGACAUGCAGCCCCAUAUCAUCAAUGACUGUGGAAAGUUUGCUUCAGGUAGUCAAUCUUUAUAAAUCUCAUUGGAACGGCACCAACCAAAAGGUUCCAGCAUCAUUCCCUUGCCCAAUGCAGAUUCGCAAUUCAUCACUGAAUAUCACUUUCAUCCAGUCAUCCACAGUUCGUGAUUGCUUUUCUUUAGCCCACUGUAGCCUUGGUUUUUCUGUUUAGGUGUUAAGGAUUGCUUUCAUUUGUCUUUUCUGUUUGGAAAUCCCAUUUCCUUUACAUUGACCAGUGACCGUCUCACCUCACCCCAACCAGUCUCCCCAAUUUUAAUGGACGACAUCCCACCACACACAACAUUUUUUUUCAGUGCAGGUCCAGGUGCCUCAAUUCAACCUUUGCAGACCGGAUGACCUAGAAUCUGCACAGAAAUUCAUUCAUUCGUUCAUUUUCGUUCAGCUAGCUUCCAGCGAGAGGCGGGGUACACCCUGAACUGGUUGCCAGCCAAUCCCAGGGCACAUAUAAACAAACAACCAUUCGCACUCACAUUCACACCUUACGGCCCAUUUAGAUUCUUCAGUUUACUUACUAUGCAUGUUUUUGGGAUGUGGAGGGAAACGUGGAGGGAGUACCCGCAGAAAACCCACGCAGAACAUGCAAAGUCCACACAGGCGAGGACGGAUUUGAACCCGGGUCCUCAGAACUGUAAGGUAGAUGUGCUAACCAGUCGUCCACCGUGCCACCCUGCAUAGAAAUUGUAUGUUAAAUUACAUUUUCGGGGCAGGUCAGAUUUAUGCGAUGUGUGACCAAGUGGUUUAACACAAAUUGUAAUGGCUUGGUUUGUGGAAGAGAAGUCAUGAACACAUGUUGUUUUGCCCUAGUUUGUGGAAGAUCAUACUGAGUCAUAUAACUUACCCUCAGUCUGCUGAAGAUAAGUUUUUUAGUUUACAGUGCUGUUAUGACAUUAAAUAACUCAGUGUUCCUUGAACAGCUUUACUUUCACCGAGGGAUGACUUGAAAAAUGUUGUCAUGAAACAUUUUGAUGUGACACAUUGUAAUUUUCUUCUCUCUUUUGUCGCACUCAAAAUAAAAUGUAUUGUA